GUGAACUGCAAUCCGAGCCCAAGCCCGCUUGAGCUGCUGUACCGCUCUUGUUUACAGAAGCUACCUGCCCACGACACAAGCUGUCGCUUCCUCUGCAGAAUUGGUCUGAUGGAGCAAAGGCACUCGGCGCAGCUCGGUGCGACAAGGCAUCAAUGCGACCGGUGUGCAUACAGCACGGAUCGUCCUGCAAAUUUGACACGGCACCAGAGAACUCACACAGGAGAGAAACCCUUCAAGUGCAGUGUGUGUGGGAAGGCGUUUGCACAGUCAUCUACUCUUGUAACACACCAGAGAACACACACGGGAAAGAAACCCUUCAAGUGCAGUGUGUGUGGGAAGACGUUUGCAAAGUCAUCUACUCUUGUAACACACCAGAGAACACACACGGGAGAGAAACCCUUCAAGUGCAGUGUGUGUGGGAAGGCGUUUGCACAGUCAUCUACUCUUGUAGCACACCAGAGAACACACACGGGAAAGAAACCCUUCAAGUGCAGUGUGUGUGGGAAGACGUUUGCAAAGUCAUCUACUCUUGUAGCACACCAGAGAACACACACGGGAGAGAAAUCCUUCAAGUGCAGUGUGUGUGGGAAGGCGUUUUCACUUUCAUCUACUCUUGUAAAACACCAGAGAACACACACGGGAGAGAAACCCUUCAAGUGCAGUGUGUGUGGGAAGGCGUUUACACUUUCAUCUACUCUUGUAGCACACCAGAGAACACACACGGGAAAGAAACCCUUCAAGUGCAGUGUGUGUGGGAAGACGUUUGCAAAGUCAUCUACUCUUGUAGCACACCAGAGAACACACACGGGAGAGAAACCCUACAAGUGCAGUGUGUGUGGGAAGGCGUUUGCACUUUCAUCUACUCUUGUAAAACACCAGAGAACACACACGGGAGAGAAACCCUUCAAGUGCAGUGUGUGUGGGAAGACGUUUGCAAAGUCAUCUACUCUUGUAACACACCAGAGAACACACACGGGAGAGAAACCCUUCAAGUGCAGUGUGUGUGGGAAGACGUUUUCAGAUUCAUCUACUCUUGUAAAACACAAGAGAACACACACGGGAGAGAAACCCUUCAAGUGCAGUGUGUGUGGGAAGGCGUUUUCAAAUUCAUCUACUCUUGUAAAACACAAGAGAACUCACACGGGAGUGAACCCCGUCAAGUGCAGUGUGUGUGGGAAGGCGUUUGCACAGUCAUCUGCUCUUGUAGAACACCAGAGAACACACACGGGAGAGAAACCCUUCAAGUGCAGUGUGUGUGGGAUAGCGUUUGCACAGUCAGCACAUCUUCAUCACCAGAGAACACACACAGGAGAGAAACCCUUCAAGUGCACUGUGUGUGGGAAGGCAUUUGCAUGGCCAUCAGUUCUUCAGAUCCACCAGAGAACACACACAGGAGAGAAACCCUUCAAGUGCAGUGUGUGUGGGAAGGCGUUUUCACGGUCAUUUGCUAUUAAAACACACAAGAGAACACACACGGGAGAGAAACCCUUCAAGUGCAGUGUGUGUGGGAAGGCGUUUGCACAAUCACCACAUCUUCAAGCACACCAGAGAACACACACGGGAGAGAAACCCUUCAAGUGCAGUGUGUGUGGGAAGGCAUUUUCACAGUCAUCUUCUCUUAUAAAACACCAGAGAACACACACGGGAGAGAAACCCUUCAAGUGCACUGUGUGUGGGAAGGCAUUUUCACGGUCAUCUUCUCUUAAAAAACACCAGAGAACACACACGGGAGAGAAACCCUUCAAGUGCAGUGUGUGUGGGAAGGCAUUUACACAGUCAUCAAAUCUUAAAAAACACCAGAGAACACACACGGGAGAGAAACCCUUCAAGUGCAGUGUGUGUGGGAAGGCGUUUUCACGGUCAUUUGCUAUUAAAACACACAAGAGAACACACACGGGAGAGAAACCCUUCAAGUGCAGUGUGUGUGGGAAGGCGUUUUCACGGUCAUUUGCUAUUAAAACACACAAGAGAACACACACGGGAGAGAAACCCUUCAAGUGCAGUGUGUGUGGGAAGGCAUUUUCACAGCCAUCUUCUCUGAUAAAACACCAGAGAACACACACGGGAGAGAAACCCUUCAAGUGCAUUCCGUGCGGGAAGGCGUUUACACAGUCAGAACAUCUUCAAGUCCACCAGAGAACACAGACGCAUCAGAAUAUCCACAAGGAGUGGAGUCUGAAAUUAGCUUGUGAAAGUCAAAGUGCCGCAAUGAGCCCAUCCCUCGUGAAACAAGAACCGGAAGAAAAUCCCAGCUUGGACACUUUUAAAGGUAAUGAGGUGAAAUAUGAAGAGGUGAAGGUGAAAUAUGAAGAGGUGAAGGUGAAGAGCGAAGAAGUGAUGGUAAAAUGUGAAGAUGAAGAUUCAACUCCAGAAUGGGACCUUCACAUCGAUGGAGGCAACGUGAAGCAGGAGGAGAAUUCUGACUGAGGCAGAGUGAGGCAACUCCAAGCAU